CCCGUCCGACCGCGCCAGUUUGAAUGAAAGCUCCUCAAGAUGGCGGUGGCCGGGGCCGAGGCGCGAGGAGCUUGGUGUGUGCCUUGCCUAGUUUCACUUGAUACUCUUCAGGAAUUAUGUAGAAAAGAAAAGCUCACAUGUAAAUCGAUUGGAAUCACCAAAAGGAAUCUAAACAAUUAUGAGGUGGAAUACUUGUGUGACUACAAGGUAGUAAAGGAUAUGGAAUAUUAUCUUGUAAAGUGGAAAGGAUGGCCAGAUUCUACAAAUACUUGGGAACCUUUACAAAAUCUCAAGUGCCCAUUACUACUUCAGCAAUUCUCUAAUGACAAGCAUAAUUAUUUAUCUCGGGUAAAGAAAGGCAAAGCAAUAACUCUAAACAGUAACAAAGCUUUGAAACCUGCCAUUGCUGAAUACAUUGUAAAGAAGGCUAAACAAAGGAUAGCUCUGCAGAGAUGGCAAGAUGAACUCAACAGAAGAAAAAAUCAUAAAGGAAUGAUUUUUGUUGAAAAUACUGUUGACUUAGAGGGCCCACCUUCAGACUUCUACUACAUUAAUGAAUACAAACCCACUCCUGGAAUCAGCUUAGUAAAUGAAGCUACCUUUGGUUGUUCAUGCACAGAUUGCUUCUUUGAGAAAUGCUGUCCUGCUGAAGCUGGAGUUCUUUUGGCUUAUAAUAAAAACCAACAAAUUAAAAUCCCACCUGGUACCCCUAUUUAUGAAUGCAACUCAAGAUGUCAGUGUGGACCCGAUUGUCCCAAUAGGAUUGUACAAAAAGGCACACAGUAUUCACUUUGCAUCUUUCGAACUAGCAAUGGCUGUGGCUGGGGUGUAAAAACCCUUGUGAAGAUUAAAAGAAUGAGUUUUGUAAUGGAAUAUGUUGGAGAGGUAAUCACAAGUGAAGAAGCUGAAAGACGUGGGCAGUUAUAUGACAACAAAGGAAUCACAUAUCUCUUUGAUCUGGACUAUGAAUCUGAUGAAUUCACAGUGGAUGCAGCGCGAUACGGAAAUGUGUCUCAUUUUGUGAAUCACAGUUGUGACCCAAAUCUUCAGGUGUUCAAUGUUUUCAUUGAUAACCUCGAUACUCGUCUUCCCCGAAUAGCAUUAUUUUCCACGAGAACCAUAAAUGCUGGAGAAGAGCUCACUUUUGAUUAUCAAAUGAAAGGUUCUGCAGAUAUAUCUUCAGAUUCUAUUGACUACAGCCCAGCCAAAAAGAGAGUCAGAACUGUGUGCAAAUGUGGAGCUGUGACUUGCAGAGGUUACCUCAACUGAAUUUUCAGGAAAUAGAGCUGAGGAUAAAUGUAGUUUUGGUUUUUUCUAAUGUUAACAUUUUAAAAAAUAAAUAUUUGGGACUCUUUUCAUAUUAUCAAGAUUAUACACUACAUUAAUUUACAAUUCUUGUUUCAAACUAUUGGCCAAAAUGCAUUACUUAUGCUUUUGAAGAGAGGAACACAGGGUCACAUAGACUAAUUUAAAGCAUACCUAAUUAGUGGUUAGCUACCAAACAAGAAAGGAAAACUAUUACAGGUCAGCAUAUACGUACUUAAGAAGUCUAUGUGAAUAGAGAAAUGCCUCCAUCAGUGUUUUAAGUGUUAAACUGAGAAUGUCACAGUCGCUGAGAUCAAACAUUCAACUUGCUGUAUACUUUGAAUUUAGAGAAACAGUUAAUUCAGUUUGGCCAAAUAUACAAAGUUCUAUUUUUGUUAUUAUGCUGUCAUUCCUGUUUACCUAUUUAUUACUAUAAAUACUGUACUUGUAUUGGAGACAAAUAAGUGAUACUGAAUUAAACCCUAUUUUCUACUUCUUUCAUUAAAACAUUGAGAGCUUAAUGAUACUGAAAUUUAAGGUCUAAAAUUAAAUGUGAAAAAAGUUAAUUACAGCUUGAUUUCAUAUUUUGAAGCAAUUUAGACCAUUACUGAAGGCUCUAUGUUUGAACCAGUAAUUCUUAAAGGUUUUUUAAUCCUGUGGAAGGAAAAUCUCCAAAAAGUUCUAAAAUUCUAGAAUGGGUGGGCAUUAUGCCUCUUGGAAAUGAUACAGCGGUGGGACCAGAAAGGUUUUUUUGAAGUACAAGGCAGGGGAAAUGGAGUGCUUUAAGGGUACCUUUCAAAAGCAUGAAUUUGGAGAUUCAUGUUGUAUUCUUCUGGUCUAAACAGUAAAACAAGAUACGAGAGCAGCUGUACGUAGUAUAACAUUACCAUUACAUUUUCAGAUUUUCACGCUGUUUGAACAUUUCCUUUUCACUAAAUUUAACUAUUUUUAUAUUUCCUACAAGCUCUUCUUUAAAAAUAAUCUAUAUUUUGAACUGAUACCUAUUUUAUAUAUGGAUUUUUAAAAUGUGAUAAAGCUAAACUUGGCCUGGCCAAAGUGUGUGCCUGAAUUAUGAGACCAUUUAUUACUUGAACUAUGAAGACUGAAAUGGAAUAUAUUCAUUGUUGGUUUUCUUUGUUUUCCUGCAUAGUAAAACCUCAAUCAGAAAAAA